AUGAAUUCAGAACCGGAAAUGCCAGUAGAUCGGCAUUGUUUCCGAAUAGAUACUUCAAAGUUAAAACUUCAGAUUGAGAGGAAGCUUGGCCGGCAGAAGUCGGAGAAAUAUUUUAAUCUGUUGAAUAGGUUUUUAAGUCUCAGACUCAGCAAAAGAGAAUUUGAUAAGCUAUGUAUUGAGUUGUUGGGGAGAGAAAAUAUCUCUCUUCAUAAUGGUCUUAUUCAAGCAAUUCUCAAGAAUGCGAGUGUUGCCAAGAGUCCUCCACCUAAAUGCCGCAAAGCCCAAGCUCCACCAAAUAUUAAAGUUCCGAAUGGGUAUCAAAGAAGUAGUCUUCAAUCGAUCUGUAGAGACACGUUUCCUCAAUCUCCUAGGAAGGGGAGAACUCCGGGCUCUCGAGAUCGCAAGUUCAAGGACAGUCUGAGCCCACUCGGGCCACUUGGGAAGGUUCAAGAGCAGCAGAGUGCUACUGAGUUGCUAUCUUUGGGUAGCCGACCUCCGGUUGAGGUUACGUCUGUGGAAGAUGGUGAAGAGGUGGAACAGUGUGCAGGAAGCCCUGGAAUUUAUAGUAGAAGCCCUCUUAGAGCUCCUCUUGGUAUCUCUCUUAAUGCAGGAGGUACAAGGAAGGUGUUGCUUAAUGAAUCACCACCUUACGAGAACUGCUGUUCAACCGGGGAGUUGCCUGAUACCAGUUCUUUGAGGAAGAGGUUGGAACAGAAGUUUAAGACAGAGGGUAUGAAUGUCUCGACCGAUUGUGCGGGCUUGUUAAACAAUGGACUGGAUGUGUUUUUGAAGAGGUUAAUAAAACCCUGCCUGGAUUUAUCUGCUUCAAGGUCUGAACACCAGCUGGAUGAUAAAGUUCACCAUCAAGAUAUGUCUGUUAAAAAUAAGAUGGGGUCCACUUAUGUAAAGAAGCCCAAUAGAUCAUUUUCUGUGUCAAUUCUGGAUUUUCAAGUUGCGAUGGAGUCGAAUCCACGGAUACUUGGAGAAGAUUGGCCAGUACAACUUGAGAAUGUUUCCUUUCGUGCAUCAGAUUAUUACAUGGCAGAAUAG